GACUAGAUAAUCCUUCAAGACCUUUCUGAAAUGGAUACUUUGUUUACCUAAACCCAUUACCCAUUUCAUUUUUGUUUUUUAACAAGGCGAGGAUCCAGGAUUUCAGGGUAGAGAGGGGCACACAUUUUAACUGAAAAGUAACCUCUUUGGUACUUCACCUGAGAAUUUGACAGAUUUACUUUAGAACAAUGGCAGAAACUUCUGCCUUGUGUGAGGAGGAAGAGGUGAAGCCCCAGGUGAAGUGGAACGGCAGAUAUAAAUGUCCCUGGACAACAUGGGAGUACCCAAAUGGUUUAUCUUUUGUUUUAAACAAUAUCCUGCCAAAUGAAAGAUGGGCUGAUGUCAGUGAAAUACCAUCCAGCACAGAUCUGGACAUUACCCUACCAGUUUGUACUCCAGACAUUGAACAGUUAAAGAAUCCACCGAGCUCAGGUGUCCAGGCCACUUGGAUCGGUCAUGCGACUGUAUUGGUCCAGCUGGAUGGUAUCAAUGUAUUAACUGAUCCUGUCUUCAGUGAUAGCACAGGGCCAGUACUUUUUGGAUACAAACGUUUCCGAAUGCCAGCAUGCACAAUUGAGCAACUACCUUCCAUAGAUGCGGUAGUUAUCAGUCAUAAUCACUUUGAUCAUUUAGAUGCCAACUCAGUGGGAAAGCUUAAUGAAAGGUUUGGGGAAAAAAUUGUGUGGUAUGUUCCUAAAGGGAUUGGUAAGUGGAUGAAAGACACAGGAUGUAGAAAUAUCGUGGAGUUGACAUGGUGGGAGCAACAUGGGCAUCAUGCUGACCUUCAGGAAGAAAUACAAUUUGUACUGACACCAGCCCAACACUGGAGUGGACGUGCAAUAAUUGAUACCAAUGAAUCUUUGUGGGGAAGCUGGGUCAUCAAGGGUCCUCGCCACAGUUUCUUCUUCGCUGGUGACACUGGAUACUGUGAUAUUUUCAAACAGAUUGGAAAGAAAUAUGGCCCUUUUGAUUUGUCUGCGAUACCUAUUGGUGCAUAUUACCCACGACAUUUCAUGGAGCCACAACACAUAAACCCGAAGGAAGCUGUUGAUAUUCAUCUUGACGUGAAAUCUAAGAAUUCUGUAGGGAUUCACUGGGGUACCUUCAAACUCACAAAGGAGUACUAUCUUGAACCAAGAGACCAACUGAAAAUAGAAGCAAAGAAGGCCCAGCUUCUAGAGAAUGCAUUUAUCACAGUAAAUCAUGGCAUAACAAGGACCUUCGGGGGAAUCUGAAUAAAAUCUACUGGAAGACAAAGUAAACAUGAAUCAAGGAUCUAAAGGGGGUCACAAGGUCAUUUAUCAUAAAACAAAUGCUGAAGCAAGGAUCUUCAGAGGGAAUGGAAUAUCACUCGAUCAUGGAUAAUGGUUUAUCAUGAAAUAAGGACCUUAAAAGGGCCUCAGGAUCAUGUAUUGUGUUGCAAGUUGAAACAAAGACUUCUGAGGUCAUAAAACAUAGCUAGUGGAACAAAGACAUCUGUGGGACUGAAAGUCAAUUUAAUUUCAUGAGUCUCCAAAAGGUUAUUUCAGAAAUCUAUUUCUUUGGAACUGCUGAUGGUCAAGGUCAUAUUUCCAGGGUUGAAAUAACAGAGAAUUUUUAUUUGUAACUUUUUUCAACCAUUUAAAUGGUCCAUAUUUUAUGUGCAUUUUUACGUAUUAUGAUAUAGAUACUGUAAUGUGACCCCCACAAUGAUUGAAUGUAUGAAUGAAUGCAUUAUUAGAUCACGCUAAGGAUAGCAUUGUCUGCAGUACACCUGUAUUUGUGUAAACAGUAAACCAUUAAAGCAUUUAUCAAAUUCUUAGUCUAUUUUUAUUGUAUUACGACUUUAUAUGUAAUUGCAUGUAACAUUAAUUUUGUAUGUGUUAUGAAUAUCCUAUCAAAUAACUUUGGGAAUUUUAUCUUCAUUCUGAAUUAGAUUAUUAUGCUAAACUGAUUUGACAAUAAUUACAACAUCCUGAGUUACAUGGUAUAUACAUUGUGCUUUAUUCCCUCCAACCUUGUUCCUUCGGAAAUCUUUCCACAAAGAAUGCAACUCUAACUCUGUAGAGUUAUGAUUGUGUUGUACAGUACACAGUUGUAUGUCGUUGUUAUUCCAUACAACUAUAAUUGUGUUGAACAGUACACAAAUGUAUGUCACUGUUAUU